AUGCAGCAAAGAAGGCCUUCUGGAACCGAUGGUUCUGAUUAUUCCUACCGUAUGGUCGUUGAUUCAAGGUAUCAACUUGUUGCAAAGGGGAAGACGCGAGUGGUGUUUGCUGUUUUACCAGGAAAAAAAGACGGCACAACAAAUAUAGUUGCCAUUUCUUCUGUUAUUGCCAGUCUUGUUUUGUUGAUCAUUGGGGAUUUAGGUAGAAGACGAAGCCGGUCGAGUUUGUUGAGAUUAUAUACCAUUCUAUCUUCCUUAGCGAUGCUUCUCUUCACUGCUUCUCUUGCUAACCAGUAUUCCCUGUUGAAGGUUAUCCAGUAUUUUAGUAAGCGCGAAACAAGCAAUUUUGACGUUGAUUAUCUUGCUCUUCAAACUGGUCUGUUGGUAUAUAUACUCACUUUAUAUCUGUUCAAGAUUAGUGUCAUCAAAGCAGUUGUUUUCCUUCUUUUUAACAUGACGCCUCCCAAGAAAGCCUCUUAG